AUGAACUCGUUCCCAAUUUUAUUGACCAAUCUAGCUGAAGUUGAUCCAGAGGCUCUGUAUGCAGAGUACCCGGUUACUACUUUGACAUACGAUCAUGGAUAUCACAAGAUCACCUAUGAUGAUUUUGCAAGCGCUAUCGACUCUGUUGCGUGGUGGAUGCACGAAACCUUUGGUCCCGCGAAAGACUUCGAGGUUCUAGCCUAUAUUGGGCCCACUGAUCUGAGAUAUCCAGCACUGAUCUUGGGUGCCAUAAAAGCUGGCUACUGCGUUGCAGCUCAAAUAAACCUGCUUAACCGACUGAAUUGUAGAACUGUUCUAUCACCGACUCCUCGUCCUCCACAAAUAACCGAGAUCCUCGAAGCUAAUUCUGAUCUCCGCGUCGUUGAGGUUCCAGGUGUUGAGGAUAUUCUUAAGAUUAAGAGAAGACGUUUUCCUUUCGAUAAAACCUUCUCUAAAGCGAAUCAGGAGCCCUCCGUCGUUAUACAUACAUCCAGCUCAACCGGAUUCCCAAAGCCUAUGAUCUGGACUCAUGAAACUGCUCAAAGAAAUAUCGCAUUAAUGGCGCUAGACCCUCCAGCUAGCUAUGAGAGCCAACAUCAAAUGUAUGAGGGGAAAAGAGUAUUUUUAACCUUCCAACCCUUCCACGGUGCAUACCUUUGUUGUCACUUAUUCAAUGCUGUACCAUUUGGUACAGUGAUGAUUGGCCCUACUUCUGGAGCAAUACCAUCCGCGAAAGGUCUUGUGGAUGGAUUGAAGAAAACCCCAGCGGAUAUUGCAUUCAUAGUACCUUCUAUUGUGAAUGAGUUGAGCCAAAGCCCAGAUCUCCUCAAUUUUUGCGCUGAGCAUCUGGAAAUGAUAAAUUACUGUGAAGGAGACUUGCCACAAGCCAUCGAUGAUAUAGUUGCAUCUAAGAUUAGACUGGUGAAUCAAUUUGGAGCCACGGAACUUGGCUUGUCAAACCUGAUCCAUAGAAAUGGCGAGUUCGACCGAGUAGACUGGAAAUAUGUCGAGUUUCAUUCAGACCAUCGUGAUCUAUUUACCCCUCAUCCAAGCAAGCCAAACCCAUGGAAAUGGCAUGCAAGAGCUGACGAUAUUAUUAAAUUCUUAGAUGGCGAGAAGGCCAAUCCUAUAUCAAUGGAGCAGCACAUCGUAGCUCGAAAUCCAGAAGUUCAAGCGGCUUUGGUGAUGGGCGCACAACGUUUUCGGGCAUCGCUUUUGAUGGAUCCUGUGAAUGGAGAUGUCGAUAUCUCAACAACAGAGCGCGCAGCGCUGCUAGAAAAGAUCUGGCCCUCGGUGGAAGAAGCCAAUCAAAAGUGCCCAGCUCAUGCAAAGGUUUCCAAGACACAUAUUUUCUUUACGAAUCCAACCAAAUUUAUGUUGAUUGCGGGAAAAGAUGCAGAUAGCAUAAUAGCAGAGAGAGACGGCGAAAUCUUCUCGAACAUGGACAUUGGUGACUUAUCAUCGGUUUCCAAAUUUAUGAAGGAAGUUGUGGUCAACAUCACUUCUUGGUCCAAUCUAGAUGUGAAUGAGGAUUUCUUCGCUCGCGGAAUGGACUCGCUACAGGCUCUUACAGUUGUGAGAAAGCUUCGUUGA